AUGUCUGAACAGAACCCUACCCGGUCGGUUUCCUUUCACCAAGAGGAAGACAAUUCAAGGCCCAGGGAAGGAAUGGAGGCAAGCGAGUACGUGGCUUUGAAUCGCUAUAUAUCUUCUGCUAGUGAGAAACCCAGCGGUGCAGUCUCGGAGACCGAAGAUGCAGAUGCGGAUGAUAAGAGGCCAUGGUGGAAAUUCUGGCACCGCUCUAGGGGCAAAUCAGACACAACCUCCGACGGCCAAGUUAGCAUUCCUCAUGAUUGGGCGGAAACGGAUUUACACUCGGGUCUUUCAACCAACGAGGUUGAGAUUCGUCGACGGAAAUGCGGCUGGAAUGAGCUGGGAAGCAAACGUCAAAAUAUGUUUCUGCAAUUCCUCAGUUACUUCCAAGGUCCAAUUCUAUAUGUGAUGGAGAUGGCUGCUCUCCUCGCCGCUGGACUACGCGAUUGGAUUGACUUGGGUGUCAUCAUUGGGAUUCUGAUGCUUAAUGCGAUCGUUGGCUGGUAUCAGGAGAAACAGGCCGCAGAUGUAGUGGCCAGUCUCAAAGGUGACAUUGCCAUGAAAGCCUGGGUGGUUCGGGAUGGCCAGGAGCAGGAGAUCUUGGCGCGUGAUCUCGUCGUUGGAGACAUUGUCAUUCUCGAGGAAGGAAGCGUGAUACCCGCAGAUGCACGUUUGAUAUGCGAUUACAACCAACCGGAACUGUUUGAAGUAUACAAAGAGCAACGUGCCCAAGAUACCGAUGAUGCUUUACAAGAGAAAGACGACGAAGAUGACAGUGACAACGAACGUGAUAAACACGAUCAUGAAAAUAGUAUCGUUGCGGCCGACCAGUCAGCCAUAACGGGCGAAUCACUUGCAGUGGACAAGCAUAUGGGCGAUAUCUGUUAUUACACUACCGGAUGCAAGCGAGGCAAGGGAUACGCUAUCGUUGUGGCAUCUGCACAGCAGUCCUUCGUCGGAAAGACCGCUCUUUUGGUACAGGGUGCGAAGGAUCAAGGGCAUUUCAAAGCCAUCAUGGACUCCAUCGGCACUACUCUCUUGGUUCUGGUGAUGUUUUGGAUCCUCGCAGCGUGGAUUGGUGGUUUCUUCCGUCACCUGCAAAUCGCGACUCCGGAGAACGGCGACGAUAAUUUACUACAUUGGACUCUUAUCCUGCUGAUUGUUGGAGUUCCAGUGGGUUUGCCUGUUGUUACUACUACCACUUUAGCUGUGGGUGCCGCGUAUUUGGCGGAGGAGAAAGCUAUUGUGCAAAAGCUCACAGCGAUUGAAUCGCUCGCGGGUGUUGAUGUCCUGUGCUCCGACAAAACGGGGACGCUUACUGCAAACAAACUCUCUGUUCGGGAACCCUUUGUAUGCGCUGGUGUUGACGUAAAUUGGAUGUUUGCGGUGGCCGCCAUCGCAUCAUCUCACAACGUGAAAAAUCUCGAUCCGAUCGACAAAAUCACAAUCCGCACUCUCCGGAAGUACCCCAAAGCACGCGAGAUUCUUUCAAAGGACUGGAUAACUCAGAAAUAUACUCCGUUUGAUCCUGUUUCCAAGCGGAUCACCACCGUUUGUACCUGCGAGGGAGUUCGCUACACGUGUGCCAAGGGCGCUCCCAAAGCGGUGCUGAAGCUUGCAGAGUGCUCUGUGGAGGAGGCAGAACUUUUCAGAAACAAAGCCAAUGAAUUUGCUCUUCGUGGCUUUCGAUCCCUGGGAGUGGCAGUGCAAAGGGAAAAUGAACCAUGGCAAAUCCUUGGCAUAUAUCCAAUGUUUGAUCCCCCCCGCGAGGAUACGGCUCAGACCAUCAAGGAAGCUCAGAGUCUCGGUCUUUCAGUGAAGAUGCUAACGGGAGAUGCCAUUGCAAUUGCCAAAGAGACGUGCAAGAUGCUCGCCCUUGGCACCAGAGUCUAUAACUCUGAGCGGCUAAUCCAUGGCGGACUUACGGGAAGUCGUCAAUACGACUUAGUGGAGAAAGCAGACGGAUUCGCUGAGGUUUUCCCUGAGCAUAAAUACCAAGUUGUGGAAAUGCUACAGAGCCGGGGACAUCUGACAGCUAUGACUGGUGAUGGCGUGAAUGACGCACCGUCCUUGAAAAAAUCAGACUGUGGCAUUGCUGUAGAAGGAGCUACAGAAGCGGCACAAGCGGCGGCUGACAUCGUUUUCUUGGCACCUGGCUUAAGUACGAUUGUUGAAGCCAUAAGGGUUGCACGGCAGAUCUUCCAGCGUAUGAAAGCAUAUAUCCAAUAUCGGAUUGCACUAUGUCUACAUCUGGAGAUAUAUCUUGUGACCUCUAUGCUCAUCAUCAACGAGACUAUUCGGUCGGAGUUGAUUGUGUUUAUUGCGCUCUUUGCAGACCUGGCCACGAUCGCUGUCGCAUAUGAUAAUGCUCACUACGAACAGCGCCCGGUGGAAUGGCAGCUUCCAAAGAUCUGGAUCAUCUCGGUAGUCCUGGGUGUACUGUUGGCGGUGGCUACAUGGAUAAUGCGAGGCACAAUGUUUCUUGAAAAUGGAGGCAUCAUCGAGAACUGGGGUUCUCCGCAACCAAUUCUCUUCUUGGAAGUGUCUCUGACAGAAAAUUGGCUUAUAUUCGUGACGCGUGGCGGAAAAACCUGGCCUUCAUGGCAGUUAGUGGGGGCUAUCCUGGGGGUUGACAUCAUAGCCACCUUGUUUUGCGUUUUUGGAUGGUUAUCUGGAGGGUCGUUUGAACAAACGAGCCCUCCCGAUUCCGCAAAAUUUUCCGACGGUACGACAAGCAUCGUGACAGUUGUGGUGAUCUGGGGUUACUCUCUGGGGGUAACAAUCGUGAUAGCGACCGUGUACUACCUCAUGACGAAAAUUACGUGGCUCGAUAACCUGGGCCGCGCCUCUCGCACCAAGGCCGAAGAGCACAUGGAUAGCUUCCUUGGGCAGCUGUCAAAGCUGGCAAUCGAAAAGGAGCCGGGUAACGACUCUGGAACCACCCGGUUCGUACUUUCCACUCGCACUGUCGAUAUCGAAGCAGAUGACUAG